CAACAAACAAGAUGAAGUUCGUUAUUGCUCUCCUCGCCCUCGUCGCUGUGGCCGCCGCCCGCCCCGGCAGCGUCUUUGACCUGGACUUCGAUGACUUCCACAUUGACCAGGAUAUCUCUAACGAGGUGGUGCAGGGAACCUACAGCUGGACGUCCCCCGAGGGAGAGAAGUUCUUCAUCAAGUACAUCGCCGACGACGACGGAUACCGCGUCGUCGAGUCCAACGCCGUGCCCGUCACAAACGGCGUCGCCGCCGACGGCAACCAGGGAUCCUUCGACUCCUUCGAGGAUAUCUUCGGUAGGAAGUGAGCCCAUCCGCAGCCGACCGACCGACCAACAGGCGCCCACAACUGACUCGCCAGGCGUCCCUCGAGCGUCCUUCCGAAAGGCGAUGCCUUUCUCGCUCUGGGUCGCUGGUCGCUGUGUGGAGCCUGGCGGUAUAUAAAGUGGAUUCAUAAUAUAAUUUAUUAUAAUUCUCUGUGUUUAGUGUGAACGUCAAUCGAAUAAAUUCAAAUUUAC